AUGACAUUAACGUGUUUAAAACAUGUAAGAAAAUGUUUAUUUCCAGUUUCAUUUCUUAUUUAUAUCAGCGUUAAGAUUGUCGACGCAGAGAGCGCAGCUUCUAGUUGUAUUUUGUCUGUUGUCGCUUGGUUCAGUUCAACUGUAAUACAAAAUGUUGCCAACUUUUCAUUGGUCAGAUUAUUUGGUUUUCGGUAUUUCACUUAUUUGUUACUCCCUGAUUGGAAUUUAUCAUCGAUAUCAUGA